AUGCUUUUUAUCCCUUCCGUGUUGUUUGCGCUCGCUGCGACCGGCCUUGCUGCCGUUCCUGAUGGCUACCGAAAGGUCCUGAUCCCCUCAAAGGUGAACACCGCUUUUGUAGUGGUCCCAGUAUCAGCCGCAAAUGGCAGCUUGAUUGUGGUUCAAUCCAAGACAGGUGCUGCUGGCCAACAGUGGUAUCUCCAAAGCGGCAACAGCUCCAUCAUCUACGCCCCAGACACCACGCUCUGUCUUGACGCAGGCGCCCAAAGCAAUUGGAAAGACAUGUCCAGGAUCUCCCUUGUGACCUGCGCCGCGGGCUCCGCCUCCCAGCAAUGGGACGUCAUGGCCGAUGGAAGGAUCGCUCUUGUUGCCUCCAAGCCCCAGGAGUGUGUGGAUCUUCAGUAUUCGCGAGCAGUCGCGAACAACCCGGUCGGAAUCUACAGUUGUGCAGGCUUGGGAGGGAUCGGUGCCGCGGAUGAUGGGCUUAAUUGGCCACUUGCGAACGCAACCAGUUAG